CUAAAUGAUUAUUGUGCCUCUGGCCAAAAAUAUUCACCGACCUGGCCGGUCCCUUGGCCGCCUCUUUGCGCCCAGUGUGGCAGAGAGCCCAUGGAACCGCUCUACCAGGCUGGGUCCAUUCUCAUGAAGGUGAAUACCUUACAAGGGAAGAAGAUGGUGGAGAGUGGCCUGCAGUCUGGAGACUUCACGCUGUCGCAGUCGUGGCCCUCCUGCCUGCCCCCGCCGGCCGACGUGGAGAUCCUGCAGCAGAAGGUGGAGGGGGUGCAGCAGGAGCUGGAGGACUUCAAGAAGGAGGCCCUCAAGGCCAUCCACUAUCUGGAGAACGCCUUCUGCGAGAUGAACGGGGUCCUGGUGCAGCAGGAGGAGCAGGCGGCCCGCGUGAAGCAGCGGCUGCGGGAGGAGGAGGACCGCGGCAUCGUGCGCAACAAGGUCCUCACCUUCCUGCUGCCUCGCGAGAAGCAGCUCCGCGAGCACUGCAAGCGGCUGGAGGACAUGCUGGUGGGCCGGGGCCGCAAGGGCCAGGCCGACUGAGCCUCCCGGCUGCAAGUGCCGAGAAGAUUUUUUUUUUUUUUUUUCAAAUGGAAGGACAAACCCUAAGUCCCCACCACUUGCUUCCCUUUCCCCAUGCCCACUGCUGCUUUCCUUCUACCUAAAUAACACCUUGCUGAGAGGCAAAAAGGCCUCAGUAAGUUUUUUGGGGUGAUGUUCCAUUUCUCCAGCAUCGUCCCGGAAGGAAGCACCCCAGGGCUAAGUCAGACGCCUGUAACUCUCACUCGAACUGCUUUCCUGCUUGUAAUGGCGAUAUUGCUCGAAUGUAUACCUUCCUACUGUACAGUGCAUUCUUAAACUGAUUUUGUUGAACAGA